AUGGCGCCAGACUCAGAUGCCACCGACGAGCAGCUAUAUGCCGAAUUGCCAGCUCCUCGAUACGUCUCGCCUGCAGAGUUUAUCGAGACCUACCAUCCCAAUGUUCUUGCGCCCCUCGUUCGAUGUUCAAAGCUCCCCUUUCGGCAUCUCACUUCUCUAUACGAGACUCAUAUCACCCAUACUCCGAUGAUAUUGGCAGAAGAAUUCUCGCGCGCUCAGAUAGCCAGGACGUCCGAUUUCAGCACCAGCAGUGAUGAAAGAGGCGUAUAUUGGAUGACACCAAAGAACGGAAGCGCAAAGGGCAAAGAGAAAGAACACAACCAAGACUGUCACCCCGAAGACUGUCGACCGACAAAGGCUUGGAGAACAUACCAUCACCCACCAUCUACCACGCGCCUGCCUCCAACUCCUGUCCCGCCCAGUGCCCAUGCUGAGCUGGUUCGGGGUGUCCUGCUUGCUCAGUUCGCGUCGCCUAACGGAAAGUCUCUUGCGGAUGCCGCGGAGCUCAUAUCUCCGUUUGUUGAUGGGCUGGAUCUAAACUGUGGUUGCCCGCAGAAGUGGGCUUAUAAUGAGGGCAUCGGAUGUGCUCUGCUCAGAAAACCAGAUCUUGUACGGGAUAUGGUGAGGGCCACGAAAGACAGAAUGGGAUGGGACUGGCCAGUCAGUAUCAAGAUCAGGAUUGACCAAGACCCCAACAUGACAGAGCUGUUGAUAUCUAAUGCUCUUCAAGCCGGUAUAUCCCACCUUACCAUACAUGGCCGUAACCGCCACCAACCAUCCACGGAUCCUGUCAACCUUCCUGGCAUCAAAUUUGCGGUAGAGUGUGUGAAGGGGGAAGUGCCAUGUGUAGCCAAUGGUGAUUUGUGGGAGCUCGAGGACGCAAGAAGGAUGCGCAGAGAGACGGGCGUUGAAGGAGUCAUGGCAGCAAGGGGUCUUUUAGCCAAUCCGGCACUCUUUGCUGGCUACGACAAGACUCCCGAGCAUUGCGUUUCGCAGUUCAUAAAUAUUGGAUUGGACUAUGGCUUUGUCUUCCCCCUCUUCCACAGGCAUCUUGCGUACAUGCUCGAAUCGCAUAUGGCCAGGGCAGAGAAGGUGUGGUUCAAUUCUCUACAGUCACAAGCGUCCGCAAUCGACUUUCUGGAGGAGCGCGGGAUAGAUUUCCGGACGCAGAGAAAGAGCCUCUGGGACGCGAGACGGGGACGUGUCGUUAUAAAUGCAUGCUAG